AUGCUAACCCCAACACGCAUCCUCCGCGCAUCAUGGUCCAACACUCUCCGACUACCAAAAUCUAGUUUUCCGCCGCGGCCGUUAGCGUCAACGAACCCAACCUACCUAAAACGAUGCACCGAUGACCUGUAUGCGUGGCAGGCGAGCCCGGAACGCGUUAUACGUUAUGGACAUUUGGAGAGGCGGUUGGAUGAAAAAAAAGGCAAGAAAGAAGGCAGUGCGCCGAGAGAGAGUUUUACUCUGCAUGAUGGACCGCCAUACGCCAAUGGCCCGUUGCACAUUGGCCAUGCAUUGAAUAAGAUCACCAAGGACAUCAUUUGUAGGCACGAGGUUGGACAAGGGAAGAAGGUGUCGUACAUUCCUGGCUGGGAUUGCCAUGGUCUGCCUAUUGAGAUCAAAGCUCUGCAGGCGCAAAAGAAGGAUGCGGCGCAAGCAGAUCCUGUAAGCGUGCGGGACGCGGCGCGCGAAUUGGCAACCCGGACAAUCGAGGAGCAGAAGAAGGGUUUCAAAGAAUGGGCCGUCAUGGGUGACUGGGACAAUGCAUAUCAGACAAUGGAGCGUGGUUUUGAGAUUAGACAACUGGAGGUCUUCAAAGCCAUGUUCGAGAAAGGCUUAAUCUACAGGCAGUUCAAACCCGUAUACUGGAGCCCAAGCUCAAGAACAGCGCUUGCGGAAGCUGAAUUGGAAUAUGACGAGGGGCAUAAGAGCUUGGCUGCUUUCGUGCGGUAUCCGAUACACCUAUCGGAGACACUGAAGAACGGAGCGCUAAAGGAUGUUGAUGGCAAGGUCAGCGUAGUCAUCUGGACAACCACACCCUGGACGUUACCCGCGAACAAGGCGAUCGCGGUGCACAAGGACAUGCAGUACUGUGUAGUCAAGGACGCUGAGAAGGAUGGCGAGCUGAUCCUUGUUGCGGCUUCACGAGUAGCGGAAUACGAGAAAAUCCUUGAAAGGAAGCUCGAAAUCGUCGUACCAGACGUGCGCGGAUCAGAUAUUGCCGAACAGGUGCAGUACGAGAAUCCUUUCCAGAAAGCGAACGGACUGCAGCCUAUCAUUCAUGCGGACUUCGUCACCGACUCUUCUGGUACUGGGCUGGUGCAUCUCGCUCCUGGACAUGGUAUGGACGAUUACAAUGUGUGCAUGGCGCUCAACGUUCCAGCUUUUGCGCCUGUAGAUGAUGCUGGCGCCUUUACAAAGGAUGCGUUUCCUGAACAGCCCGAGCUUCUGGAAGGACUACCUGUUGCUGAUAUCAAGAAAUCGGGUAGUAAUGCUGUGUGCAACUAUCUCCAGAAACUCGACAUGCUCCGAGGCAAGCAGAAUUACCGCCACAAGUACCCCAUCGACUGGAGGACGAAGGAGCCUGUCAUCACGCGAGCUACUGAACAGUGGUUUGCGAACGUAGAGGGUAUCAAGGAUGCCUCGAUGAAAGCGAUUGCCAAUGUCAACUUCAUGCCUGCGACUGGUAGAAGCCGUCUUGAGAGCUUUAUUCAGGGACGAAGCCAAUGGUGUAUCUCGCGACAGCGCGCUUGGGGUGUUCCUAUCCCUGCUUUAUACAAGGUUGAGGGCGACACUCUGAAAGCGACUAUGGACUCUGAAACCAUCGACCAUGCCAUUGAAGUGAUCAAAGAACGUGGCAUCAACGCGUGGUGGACGGAUGCACAAGACGAUCCAGCUUGGAAGCCGAAGCACCUUACCGGAACGUACGUGCGUGGUAGAGAUACCAUGGAUGUCUGGUUCGAUAGCGGUACCAGUUGGAAGCUUCUUCCUGAGCAAAAGGACCAGCCUGUUGCCGAUGUGUACCUGGAAGGAACUGACCAGCAUCGUGGAUGGUUCCAGUCGUCACUCCUUACUCACGUCGCCACCCAGUCUUACUCGACCGAGACUGUCAAAGCACCAUACAAGACUCUGAUCACUCACGGCUUCACUCUCGACUCCGAUGGUCGCAAGAUGAGCAAGUCUCUCGGCAAUGUCAUCUCUCCAACGCAAAUCAUGUCAGGCGAGCUCCUUCCACCCGUCAAGCGAAAGAAGCAAAAGGGCGUCAAGCAAGAUCCUGCAGCAAAGAACACGCCAACAUAUGAUGCUAUGGGUGCCGACGCGCUUCGCCUCUGGGCCGCAAGCAGCGACUAUACGCGUGAUGUCACAAUUGGCCAGCCCGUCUUGAUGUCCGUAAACCAAGCUCUACAUAAGUACCGUGUUACCUUCAAAUGGUUGCUAGGCAUCUUCUCUCUGCCAUCUUGCCCGCCGCCCUUCACCUCCUUCAACGACCUUACACCCAGUAUCACCGAAUUCAAAGAACUCACAGAUCGCCUCGCAAUUCACCGACUUGUACAGGUCAGUGCAGAAGUGCACAACCACUUCGGGAAAUAUGAGUUCUUCAAGGGUGUCAACGCGAUCAACAAGUACAUUUCCAUGGAUUUGAGUGCUUUCUACUUUGAAACGCUCAAAGACCGCGUCUACACCAGCGAUAAGAAUGACUGCGAAACGCUCCAGCGUGUUUUGGGACUCAUUUUCUACGAACUACUGCAGAUGCUUGCCCCAGUCUGUCCGCUGCUUGUAGAAGAGGUCUGGGAUCACCUUCCUGAUGAGCUCAAGGAAAAGAGUAGUCACCCCGCACGCGCGGUUUGGUCGCCUCUUCCCACGCUCAAGGAGUCUGAAUCGGCUAGUCUGGAGUCCAUGAGUGAGACUACAAGUACACUGGGAGCUGCUAUCAAGGUCGCCCAAGAGCGUCUCCGUGCGGACAAGAAGAUUGGUUCGAGUUUGGAAAGCGCAGCUACGGUUUACCUACCUUCUUCGAACGCCGAGAAGUUGCACGCAGAGUUCGCGGCGUGCUUACAACCUUCCACUCCCAAGCCCACGGACGUUGAGACUCAGCUUGCUGGCCUUUUCGUUAUUAGCGAGGUAAAUCUUCGCACUCUGCCUGAUCCAUCCGCUCUUACGAACAGCGUCUUCACCGCGGAGGAUCCCGAUGCGAUGAAGCAGCAAUCGCAGUGGUCCGAAGAAGAAGUACUUUCGAGCGAUAGUGGGAUGUUAGGUAAAGCGAAGGUGCUUGUACAUCCACCUAGCAGAGAGAAGUGUCCAAGGUGUUGGCGCUUCGUCAAGGAAGAACAUGAGGAGGUUUGUGGAAGGUGUGGAGAUGUUGUUUCGCAGCAUGAUAAUGUAUAG